ACCGCCACAGCCACCGACCCAAGAAAGUAAAGAAGAGGUCGAUCAAGAUUCUGGGUUUUUAGUAAUGGCCCCAACAUGUGGUGGCUCUUGCGCCGUACGACCCUUCUUCGUCGUUCAUUCCCUCCACCGGAAAAAAUGAGUUUCAGGAACGACACGACGAACUCACCCGCCACUCCCGGUGGCAAUUCCGUCAUUUCCUUAAGCCCCGCAUCAGCUGCUAAUGUUGGAAACAGAGAUUGUCAGAUUUUAAAGGUUGGAAGUAUUCCUAUUCUGAUUUACGAUAGUUUUGGUAAUGUAGUUAAGCGGCCAAUUGGGUUUGGAGUUACAUCAGGGUUUAGUGAUAAGAAGCAAUGUUCUUCACUAAGUGAUGGUAUUCGUUUCGAUGAAAUGAGAUCGAAAGUGGGGUUAGUGUCGGGGGAUGAUGUGGAGGAUGCUUGUGCGAGUUCAACUUCGGAGAGUGUAAGUGAAAGGGAACAUGAGAGGUGGAGUACAAUGCCGGAUUGGAAAAGCCAAUUGCGCGAAUGCUCUUUGCCUACCGAAUUUGGGAUGAAAAGGAAGCACCAUCAUGGUGCGGAAAAGCGGCAUUCUGUACCGAGAACUUUGAAAUAUGCACCUGUUACCAAGAGUUCGGGUUUAUCUAAGCGUUUGCAUCGUUAUGAGCCGUUUGAUAUAUGCUUGGAUGGGAGAAAUUCUGCUCUUCAAGCUUCUUUUCAUGCAAGAAUGAUGGAAGCAGAGGAGUCGGUGGAAUUUGCUAAUCCAGAACAGAUGGUGGAAUUCAAAGAUCCAAUUGUACUGAGGCCAGGAAUGGUCUUAUUGAAAAAUUAUGUCAGCCUCAGUGAACAGGUUGAAAUCGUAAAGACAUGUCGGGAGCUCGGUUUAGGUCCUGGGGGGUUUUAUCAACCAGUUUUCCAGCAUGGAAGAAAACUUCAACUGCAGAUGAUGUGCCUGGGCCGGAAUUGGGAUCCUGAGACUAGGAUAUAUGAAGAUAUACGACCAAUAGAUGGCACUCGGCCUCCUGGUAUUCCUAAUGAAUUUAGUUUGUUGGUUGAAAGAGCAAUUCAAGAGGCACAUGCCCAUCUCAAAGAUAAAAUCAGAUGUAGCAGUGUAGAAAAAGUGCUACCUUUAAUGACUCCAGACAUAUGCAUCGCCAACUUUUAUACAACUAGUGGGAGGCUUGGUCUUCAUCAGGAUCGUGAUGAAAGCAAAGAGUCUCUCCAAAAACGAUUACCUGUCGUCUCCAUUUCUGUAGGAGAUUCUGCAGAUUUCCUCUAUGGGGAUCAGAGAGAUAUUGAUAAGGCAGAGAGUGUUGUUUUGGAUUCAGGAGAUGUGUUAAUAUUCGGUGGUCGUUCAAGACAUAUAUUUCAUGGUGUAACAUCCAUCAUACCAAACUCAGCUCCAAACAAUUUGCUAAAAGAAACUAGGCUUCGUCCUGGCCGUCUGAAUCUUACCUUCAGACAGUAUUAGAGACCCUUCCUCUGUAACCACAGGUUUGGCAUCUGUACUACUUGUAUACAGAAUUUAAUAUUCAUUAUCUAAUGUCAUAGUCCACUGGGUGGAGUAAUACAAUUUUAAUAUUUCUAGCAGCUGGUGGCCUCUCAAGUUUGCUUAAUCGUCAUUAAGGCAUAAGCUACAUUAUUAAUGAAUAACAAAUUGAGUUCGACUUUGAGAUCGA